UGUGAAAUAUUCUGAGUGGUUUUUAGAGAGCUGAAGUCGAAACAUCGGUACUGUCAGUCAUAUCGUUAAAGUGAUCGUUUAUAGUGUUUUAAUCUAUAGGUAGCAAAUCUGCUCAGGUAUUUCCAGAUUUUUUCAGAAUGUUGAAAAGUCCAGUCUCAAUUUUACAAGAACUAAUGACACAACGGAAAUUGCCAUCCCCAAUAUAUACAUAUGAAGAAUCGGAUAACUCAUACUAUUCAUACUUUAUGUGCUACGUAGACAUUGGCAUUCAACGAGUGUCUGCAUCAGGCUCCUCAAGAAAAUCCGCCAAACACAAUGCCGCAGUUUUAAUUCUCAAUUAUUUGGGUAUUAGAACGGAAGACUCAGAUCAGUUACCCAGCAUUUGUAUGUUACCCACUCCAGCACCAAAGCACAUACCAACUAUUAAUUUUAUUGGAAAACUAAAUGAAUUAUCAUCUGGGCACAAACUUCCACAUGCCGUUUACAUUCACAAAGAAAUACUACAUAAUUAUCAAUUCUGUGUUAUUUGUGAUUUUCUGGAAUUCACUGUCGAAGGCUUUGGAUUUUCCAAAAAAACAGCAAAACAGGAUGCCGCGAAGAAAAUGUUACAUAUAAUACAGCAGCAAGGUAUUGGCACUAUAUAUAAGCAAAUACAGCUUUCAGAAAGCAUUCAGAAUGCCGUACCUUCCAAUGUUUCAGCUAUUCAAGAGAUAGAUGAAGCAUUGCAAAAAUAUACAGAUAUUGUGAAGAAUAUGAAAAUUGGAACACAUCCAGAUACUAGGAGUGUUUUGGAAUCAUCUAAAGAUAAAUUGGUCAGGUUUCGCACAUGGAACGAGUUAGAGAUGUAUCUAGUCGACCAAGGCUACACACUUGAAGUAACUGUUUUUCAACCCCAACCGCUGAUGCUGUGCUUGAAAAUCAACGAAUACACAUUCUUGAAUUUCGGAGAAACGCAUGAAGAAAUUUUUCAAAAAUUUCUGUCGGUUUUAGUAAACAUGUUAGAACAGGGUAGGGAUUUGAGAAAAUCGUAUGUCGUAGAUCUCGUAGGGAUUUGAGAAAAUCCGUUCGGCACGAGUUAUACUGGCUUAAGUUGGAGAAAGGGAUUUUUACUCACAUUGUAUGUUAUUUUAAAAUAUUUUUUUACGAAAUAAAAUUAUAUUCUGUGUCAA